CUUCUUCUUCGUCGUGAAGCGCCGCUACAUCUCUCACUCUCCAUAAAUCUUCAGAAGCAAUUCUUCCGAUUGUUAAACCCUAAACCCUAAAUCAAACCGUUUGUUCUUGUUCCUCUCUCUCUCUCAAGCAAGAAAACAAAAUGAUAACUGCACUUUCAUGGAUCCCAAAAGGGUCUUUAAAGCCUGUUCCUGAGGCUGCUGAACCUCCUUCAAAGGAAGAGAUCAAAGAGCUCAUUGAGAGUGGUGCCUUCUCAGCAAGUGUGGAUGGUAGUAACGAGGAUGAAGAAGAGAUAGAAGAAGAUGGAGAUGAGAUUAGUGAAGUUGAUCAUGCCAAGGCUGUAGCAGAAGCUUUUGGUAAAUCUUCCAAUAGCAAGAACGUUUCUUCUUCUUCGAUGGAGGUUGAUGACGUUGCUGCUGGAAUGAAAGAGCUUGACAUGGAUAAUUACGAUGAAGAGGAUGAUGGAAUUGAACUCUUCAGCUCUGGGCGUGGGGAUCUUUAUUACCCAAGUAAUGAGUUGGAUCCAUAUCUGAAAAAUGCUGCUGAUGAUGAUGAUGAAGAGGAUAUUGAUGAUACGACAAUCAAGCCAACAGAUUCAGUGAUUAUCUGCGCUAGGAAUGAAGAUGAAGUCAGCCAUCUAGAGGUUUAUGUAUACGAGGAAUCAGCUGAUGGCUCUCCAAACAUGUAUGUUCAUCAUCAUAUAAUUAUACCGGAGUUUCCCUUGUGUACUGCAUGGAUGGAUUGUCCUCUUAAAGGAGGGGAGAAAGGCAAUUUUGUAGCCAUUGGCUCAAAGGAAACACCAACAAUAGAGAUAUGGGAUCUUGAUGUUAGGGACGAGGUGCUACCUUGUGUACAACUGGGAGGAGUAGAAGAGAUGGAGAUCAUUAAGAAAAAAAAGAAGAGUAAGAAGCAGAAAUUCAAAGAAGGUAGCCACACUGAUUCAGUACUUGGUCUUGCUUGGAAUAAGGAGUUUCGGAAUAUACUUGCUAGUGGUAGUGCCGACAAAAAGGUUAAGGUUUGGGAUGUGGCUACUGGAACAUGUAAGAUUACUAUGGAGCAUCACAUAAAGGAGGUGCAAGCAGUUGCUUGGAAUCAUUAUGCACCAGAAGUGCUUCUUAGUGGGUCGUUUGAUCAGACUGUUGUAUUGAAAGAUGGAAGACAACCUUCACACUCUGGCUUCAAAUGGUCUGUCAUGUCUGACGUCGAAAGCUUAGCCUGGGAUCCCCACAGUGAACACUCCUUUGUGGUAAGUCUUGAGGAUGGAACCGUGAAAGGUUUUGAUAUACGCGCAGCACAAUCAGGUUCAGAUUCUGAUUUAAAGCCAAGUUUCACUAUCCAAGCACAUGACCAAGACAAAGGAGUCUCCUCGAUCUCAUACAACAUUUCUGCACCCAAUCUUUUGGCGACGGGUUCGAUGGAUAAAACGGUAAAACUUUGGGACCUUUCGAACAAUGAGCCCUCAUGCAUUGCUUCACACAAACCAAAAGCUGGAGCUGUGUUCUCCAUUUCCUUCUCAGUGGACAACCCUUUCUUGCUUGCUAUUGGUGGCUCAAAGGGAGAACUACAUGUUUGGGACACACUGUUGGACGCCAAUGUCUCUCGCAAAUAUGGAAGCAAACAAUCUUGA